AUUAAAUGGGAAGUCUCGUGAUGUCAUUUCCUGACAGUGUUGUGAAGCUUCUGUCACAAGAGAGAGCAACACCAACAAUGUAACGUUAUCUGUAUUCUUCAAGGCCUGUUCAUUUGGUAUUGAGGGGGUAAUCUGGUGUUAAGAAGGCUAUUUCUAAGGUAGUUAAAAUGACGUCUCUAUUCUCCUGUUGUAUGGGAUGGUGUGGCGAUUCUAGCUCUGGCCACGUAACCCUCAAGGAGAUGCCAACAGUCCAGUUGGACACACAUCAUAUGGGCACAGAUGUUGUCAUCGUGAAGAGUGGGAGGAGGAUAUGUGGCACUGGUGGUUGUCUUGCCAACGCGCCUCUCCAUCAAAACAAGAGUUACUUCGAGUUAAAAAUUCAGUCCUCAGGUGUGUGGGGAGUUGGAGUGGCGACUCAGAAGGCCAACCUUAACCAGGUGCCCAUGGGGAGGGAUGCCCACGGGCUGGUGCUCCGACACGACGGCACACUCUUCCACAACAACGAGGAGAAGAACCGGCUGCCUGCCAACAGCCUGCCACAGGAGGGAGAUAUCGUGGGUAUCACAUAUGAUCAUGUGGAAAUGAACAUCUAUCUGAAUGGCAAGAAUAUGAACUGCCCUGCCUCUGGAAUACGAGGCACUGUCUACCCUGUUGUCUAUGUGGACGACAGUGCGAUCCUUGACUGCCAGUUCAGUGACUUCUACCACACUACUCCGGCAGGCUUCCAGAAGAUUCUGUUUGAGCAGCAGAUUUUUUAAAGCAUGAGUGUGAAUCGCAGCGCUGUGUGUAAUUCCAGUCCUGUCAAAAUCAGAUUUUGUUUUUUUUUCGUUCUUCAUCUUGGCAGGGUUGCUGAGAUGCCCGGAUAUAAAAGCCAUGUGUUCCUCAGUCCACUCACACAUUUAUCACCCCAAGAACACUCCCUAGAUACGUCUUAUCUUUCUUCCUUCUUAACCUGGAGGUAAAACUGACAAGACACACCCUCCAUAUACUUGCUCUAUAAAACAUUGAGAAGACUUCUCUUUUGAUCCAAAGAUUAAUUGGUUCUCGUUUGUUUGCUCUCAAACACACAUAGCCUACUUGGCCUUUUCCUUCUUACUGUGCUCUCUCUCUCUCUCUCUCUCUCUCUCUCUCUCUCUCUCUCUCUCUCUCUCUCUCUCUCUCUCUCUCUCUCGCUCUUUCUCUCGCCCUAUCUCUCGCCCUCUCUCUCAUGAAUGUCUAUGGCGUGUGUUGUGUUGGGUGACAACAUGAUGUGGUCUAGUUGUUAUGUUCAUGAUGCCUUCUGUGUGACCGCGCCGGCGGGAUUAGCUGCUGAUGUCACGAGCUGUCGCAACGCUGACCGCUGUUGCUGCACCGUGCCUCUAGGGGGUGCCAUAUCAACUGUCAAGGGACUGUCUGGAAAUGUGGUCGAAACUGAAAUUAUUGACCCCUUUAGAAGUUACGUUGUCAAUGCGCGCGCAUUGUUGGCUCAAACAGACAGUGCAGACCCUAAAGAGAGAAGACCUAGUACCGCCUGAAGUGUGUACGGUUUAAAAAAAAUAGAGAUCCUUAAAGUACACUUGCUAAGUUAUUACAAGAAGGAAUUACCUUGAGGUAUCAGAGGCAUAGGAGAUAUUUUUGGUAGCAAGAAAUUUAACGUACUGACUGGACUGAGGACACCAUCAGGAAUGCCCAUGUCUGUGGCACCCACUUCAUGUCUGACGUUAUUGUGACUAUCCAUUUUCUUACUCCGGAAAAAAACAUGUGGUUUAUGGUCAAUUCUGCUCCAACAAUGCGCGUUCAGGCUGAUUACGUCAGAUCUGUGUACAAACAGUAAAGGGGUCUAUUCAAUAUCAUUCUUGCAAAACCUCUGACAUAAAUUAUUUAAAUAUCAUUCAAUUUGAUUUAGAUGAGAAUACUUUUGUUCACUCCAAGUGUAUUUUGGCAUUUUGUUUUCUUUGCAAAAGCAGUUUGAUCAACCAAUAGGCUACAUGUUUUCAUAUGUUAUGUGUAAUUACUAAAUGGAAGCCAUGCAAGAACACAAAGGAAUCAUUUGUGGACUGUGUUCAUUGAUUACGGUGGUUAUACAGUAUUGUUUGCUUUUCUCAUUUUAACUUCCAGUCUACACUUGUCAAUCAUACAAUGAUGCUGAAAAGAAACAUUGUGUGAUCUCCCAUUUGUUUUACUGUAUUUAUCGAUCAUGUUUGGUAUGUAUAAUUAACACUAAAUAUUUAUGUUACUGUGUUACUAUUAAUGUGUGUUUGGCUUUAAUAAACUAUAUCAAAUGGA